CACCUGCACCACCGUCUCGGACACCGCCUCACUCGGCAGCGACAGCAGCAGCGAGUAGAGCGCACGAUGGUCCCGCCGCGCGACCCCUCGCCCUCGGCGUCCGGCAGCUCUCCACCCGCAGGCGUCUCCUCCCUGCGCGCCCGCUUCGAAGCACUCGGCAGCGCUGCGCCUCGCUCGAGUGCCUUCCCAUCGGCCACGCAUGCCUCGCAUGCAUCUAGCUCGCAGCAUGCAGCGCGCGUCUCGAGCUCGAGCUCGGCCACAGCGCAUGCCUCGGCAGGCACGGGCGGCUCGCAUGCGCCCAUGCUCUCGCCGAGCCUCUCGAUCAGCAGCGCAUCCUCACGCAGCGCGCCGAGGGGUCCGAGAGCGCCUUCGCCGCUGCUCUCGCCUGCUGCUCCAUUUUCUGCUUCUCCUGCAUCGUCUGCGGCGCCAGUGGCAAGACAAGCGCCGGGACAGGCGGCGGACCAGGCACGGAGAUCGCCGCUCCCUUCGCCUUCGUACCUCUCCUCGCAUUCCCAGUCGCAAGGGCAGAGCUACGCGAGCUCGAGCCGCGAGCCUUCGCCUGCGCUCUCGUCAGCUAGAACUUCUUCGCCGCACUCGACGCAACGAGCACCAGCUCCUUCACCGGCGGCGGCAGCGGCGCCGGCGUCGCGAGAUUGGCGCACCGCACCAGCGCCAGCAGCCUCCUCGUCUCCAUCAGUCUCAGCCGCUUCAGCCCCGGCUUCCUCAGCCUUAGCAGCGGUACCACCGCCACCGCCUACUCGCCCCUCGAUGCCAGCACGCACAGCGCCGCAAGAAGUGUCAGCCGCGACGCUCGCCGGCGUACGUGCUGCGCUCGCCUGGGCUGACUCUGGCGGCAGCGGGGGCGCAAACGGAACCUCAGGGGUCGAGAGCGGGAGCAGAGCCGCGGUGGGAGGAGCAGGGGCAGUGGCCAUCCCGGCGAGUAGCGCACCCAUGACGGCAGAGCAGAGGAUACUGGCGGCUGCUGCGGCGCCUGCGGUGCCGGCACGACCACGGCUGGAAGUGGAGGGGAUGGCUGCUUCGGCGAGUUCCGCGCCCUCAGCUCUGGAGGCUGCGCCUGCUGCUUCUAUCUAUCGAGCACUUCCGCCGCCUCCUUCGCAUCCAAGCAGUGCGACUGCUUCCAGCAGCAAGUCAUCCUCGCACUCGCACUCGCUGUUGCAUCCGCAUCUUCCCUCCGGCGUCAGUCACCUCCUCCCGCCGUCGCUGCGUCCGUCAGGUGGCGCAACACUCUCUCGUUCCGCGCCUCCGACAGCGGCUGCAUCACCGAGCCGGAGCGCUUCGUCUUCAGCCUCAUCCGAUGAGGAAGAAGACGAGGAAGAGGACCUCCCGCCAGCUCCGCACAGCGCGGAUGCAUCGCCGUCUUCUCUGCCCAUGGAUCUGCCCCCUCUCCCACCACCUCCCUCCUCUCGCGCUCGACUGGCCGCACAUCUUUCCCUCUCUUCGCCCGCACGGCAUACAGGCGCCGCCUCCGUCUUUGCCUCUUCCCUGCCCGACGCUUCACAUUCCAAUCGACGCGCUCCUGAGAUCAAGAGCAGCAGCACGCGCAUCAAGCAUCUCUCCCUCUCAGCACAGCGCGGCACAACGUUGCUCGUCGCGCAGCACGGGCACGCGGGCGUUCGCCUCCUUCGCGCAGGUGUGCCCGAGGGCAGAAUGACGCUGUGCGAGCCCGGAGUCGCAUGUGCGCUGCUGUUGAUGCAGAACGAAGCGUGGGUGGCGCUCAAGGAUGGCACGCUUGCGGCGCUCGGCUUGAAGGAGGAGACGAUGUUGAGAAGAGUUGGACUGCACGGAGAGGCGGUGCGCAAGAUGUGGAGCACGAAUAAGGGAGUGGUGGUGAUUGACGAAGGCGGCAAGAUCAGCGUCUGGCCCUCGUCCGGCGCAGAGCCAACGCUAGACGUGCCGCGCAUCACGCAGCGUGUGCCCUUGGAUCGCCUCAGUCUGCCCUUGUUGAUCGGGCAUCAACUCUGGAUCUGCAGCGCCGACGCAGGUCGUACGAUUGGCGCUGCGGCGCUGGGCGGCAAGAGCGCAGGCGUGCGCAUCCGCAUGUACAACCCGCUCGAGGAGAAUAUGCCGUUCAACGCCACUUCGAGACCGUGCUUCCUGCCCACCGAGAUGGCUGCGGGCGUAGGUGCCGUGGUCGGUGGCACGACAGUGGUGGGCAAAGACGAGGCGUGGCUUGCACACGAGAGCGGCCAUAUCUCCAUCUGGUCACGAACGACGCAUACCUGCCUGGCCGUGCAGCGAGUCCUCUCCCAUUCCAUCUGCGCCAUCCUAGGCGUCCACAAGACGCUCUGGCUCGGAUCUCGCGACGGCUCCAUCCACGUGCUAGACGUGUAUGCUCCCUCUCCCUUCCGCGUGCUCAAGCGCUGGAACAGCGGCGAGCCCGUGCUUCACCUCAACAUCGAUGCCUCGCGUCUGGCGCAGAACGAGCUCGUCGUGCUUGCGUCUGGACCGGAAGGCAUACGCGCAUACGAUGGCCUCCUGCACGUCGAUUGGAUCGAGAGGAACCUUUGCAAGCCGAGCAUGCAAGCGAGAUACUCGACGCAGCGCGAAUUGCAGGUGUUUGCCGUCACCUACAACGUGGAUGCUGCAGCGCCGAGCGCCUUUGAGACGCCAAGUAGCGUGGGCUGGCUACACGACAUGCUCGUCGCGGCAGGCAAGCCAGACGUCAUCGUGUUCGGCUUCCAAGAGCUGAUCGACCUCAGUGAUCACCGCCUCGGCGCCAAGUCGUUGCUGCUCGGCAAGCGAGCAAAGACGGCUCCGGAUCUGGCAGCGCGCAUCUCCAGCCAAUACGCAGCCUGGGCGGCGCGCACGACUGCCGCUGUGCGAGCUGCGUUUGCAGAGCACUACGAGGUGCUGCCUGGUAGUCCGAUCUUCCUUGUCGGGCUGUGGCAGAUGGUCUUUGUGAGAGGCGAGGAGGUGGGCAAGGUCAGACACGCUGCUGCUGCCACGGUCAAGACGGGCUUCAAGGGACGCACAGGCAACAAGGGCGCCACGAUUACGCGCUUCUCCAUCGACGACACGAGCUUUGCCUUUGCCAAUUGCCAUCUCGCGGCCGGACAGUCCAAGGUCAAGCAGCGCGUGGCGGAUGUCGCAGACAUCAUGGAGGCGACGCCAUUCGACGGAGCCCUCUCCGACGUCGAUGUCUUCGUCAACGGUGGCGAUGGGGCCAUGCUCUUGGACCAUUCUGUCGUCUUGUUCAGUGGAGAUCUGAACUACCGCAUCUCGGACUCGCGCUCCAGCGUCAUCUCUCACGUCGACUCCGGCCGUCUAGACGCGCUCUUGACAAAGGAUCAACUCCUCCGCGAGCUGCGCGCCAACCCGGCCUUCCGACUUCGCGGCUUCCGAGAAGCACACAUCGGCUUUGCCCCGACGUACAAGUAUGAUCGCGGCACCUCGGACUGGGACUCUUCGACGAAAGCGAGGGCGCCCGCUUGGUGCGAUCGGAUACUUUGGUAUGAGAGGGAAAAGGAGGAUGUGAGAUGCGUCGAGUAUCGACGGUAUGAGCCGGAUGUCAGCGAUCAUCGCCCGGUAUCGGCACGCUUCAUCACGCACGUACGCAAGGUCGAGCCGUCACGACGCCGCGUAGUCAAGGCGGAUCUGGAGACGCAGUGGGAGACGUUGAGCCAGCAACGAGCUAGCGAGACGGCGGAGCACUACUUGCAUCACUUCUAGCGCAUCCUCGCGGACCGCGAGCUUGCCGAGCAGAGGCAGGCGUGCAGCUGCAAUAGAGUCCGGCUGUCACAGUCACUGAAGACCUUGGCUAGAAUCGAGAGGGGCUG